UUAUAACGCAGCAACAUGUUGAAAUUUGUGGUACUUCUUUCCCUGGCCGCUUGUGUCUUGGCCGGCACAGUGCCGGAGGGCCUCCUGCCCCAGUUGGAUGGCCGCAUUGUUGGUGGCUACGAGACCAGCAUCGAUGAUCAUCCCUAUCAGGUGUCGCUACAGCGCAAUGGAGCUCAUUUCUGCGGUGGUUCCAUCUACUCUGGUGAUAUUGUGGUCACCGCGGCCCACUGCUUGCAGUCGAUCACAGCUGGAGAGCUGAAGGUGCGUGUGGGUACCACCUACUGGCGUUCCGGUGGCAGCGUGCACUCGGUGCGUUCUUUCAGAAAUCAUGAGGGCUACAACUCCAAAACCAUGAUCAACGAUGUGGCCGUUAUUCGCAUGUCUUCUUCGGUCAGCUUCCGCUCAAACGUUCGUGCUAUUGGUCUUGCUGAAUCCAAUCCUCGCAAUGGUGCUGAGGCUGUUGUCUCUGGCUGGGGCACCACCGAGUCCGGUAGCUCUACCAUUCCCGAUCAUCUGCUGGCUGUGAACUUGAGGAUCGUUGAUCGUGAGGAGUGCGCCUCCAAGGAGUUCAGCUAUGGUAGCAAGAUCAAGGACACAAUGAUCUGCGCCUAUGCCGAGCAUAAGGAUGCCUGCCAGGGUGACUCCGGCGGCCCAUUGGUCUCUGGCGGUCGUCUUGUCGGCGUUGUGUCCUGGGGCUAUGGCUGCGCUGAUGUCAAAUAUCCCGGUGUCUAUGCUGAUGUCGCCCACUUCCGUAGCUGGAUCGAGAAGACCGCCGACGAGCUCCAUUUCCCAAUUACGUUUGAUAUGUUCAAGUUUGUGAUUUUGUUGUCAGUCGUUGCCUGCGCCUUCGGUGCUGCAGUUCCCGAGGGUCUGCUGCCCCAGCUGGAUGGACGCAUCGUUGGCGGCACUGGCACCACCAUCAGCAGCUUUCCCUGGCAAAUAUCGCUGCAGCGUAGUGGCAGCCACUCCUGCGGUGGUUCGGUCUACUCUGCGAAGAUCAUCGUGACGGCUGCUCAUUGCCUGCAAUCCGUGUCCGCCUCCAGCUUGAAGGUGCGCGCUGGUUCCACCUACUGGAACUCUGGCGGCACUCUGGUCCAGGUCGCCGCCUUCAGAAACCAUGAGGGUUACAACGCCAACACCAUGGUCAACGAUAUUGCUGUCAUCCGCCUGAGCGCUUCACUCUCCUUCAGCUCCACCAUUAAGGCUAUUGGUCUGGCUACUUAUAAUCCUGCCAAUGGUGCUUCCGCUGCCGUCUCUGGCUGGGGUACUCUGUCCUCGGGCUCCAGCUCAAUUCCCAGUCAGUUGCAGUAUGUGAACUUGAAUAUUGUCAGCCAGUCCAAGUGCGCCUCCUCCAGCUACGGUUACGGCAGUCAAAUCAGAAGCACCAUGAUCUGCGCAUCCGCCAGCGGCAAGGAUUCCUGCCAGGGUGACUCUGGUGGCCCACUGGUGUCCGGUGGUGUGCUCGUUGGUGUCGUCUCCUGGGGCUAUGGCUGUGCUUACAGCAACUAUCCCGGUGUCUACGCCGAUGUGUCUGUGCUCCGCUCCUGGGUGGUCAGCGCUGCCAACUCGAUCUAAAUAGAUCGGUCAUACGAUUUUAUAAUAUCUUCAAUAAAAAUCUUAGCAACAGAAAAAAAA